AUGGAUGAAGAUCCGGACGACAAGGAUGACACAAAACGUAAAUCACGCAACCUCAGCGAGAAGAAGCGGCGUGAUCAAUUCAACCUGCUCGUCAACGAGCUUAGCUCGAUGGUGUCGUCCAACAGCCGUAAAAUGGACAAGUCGACCGUGCUAAAGUCGACGAUCGCAUUCCUGAAAAGCCACAACGAGAUUGCGGUACGAUCACGCGUGCACGAGAUCCAAACGGACUGGAAACCAUCCUUCCUGUCGAAUGAGGAGUUCACACAUCUCAUCCUAGAGGCACUCGACGGCUUCAUCAUCGUGUUCUCCUCCACGGGUCGGGUGUUUUACGCGUCUGAAAGUAUUACCUCGCUGCUCGGGCACCUACCGAGCGACCUCCUGAACAUGACCGUGUACGACAUGGUGUACGAGGACGAUCAGAACGAUCUGUACAAUAUCCUGCUCAACCCAACGACGGUGGUGGAUCCGUUGCAGACGGGCAUCAGCCGCGAGAACCAGGUGACGUUCUCUUGCUACAUCAAACGCGGCACGGUUGACUACCGAGCGGAUGUGUCGUACGAACACGUGCAGUUCACUGGCUACUUCCGAAGUGACGUCGAUACGGACUCGCUCCUGACGACGUCCCGGUUUAGCGGCUACACGAGCGAUGCCGACUCGCGGCUUGUGUUCGUCGGCACUGGGCGGUUGCAGACGCCUCAGCUCAUCCGCGAGAUGUCGAUCGUCGACAAUACGAAGAGCGAGUUCACGUCCCGGCACAGCCUUGAGUGGAAGUUUCUGUUUCUUGACCACCGAGCGCCACCCAUCAUCGGUUACCUCCCGUUUGAAGUGCUGGGAACUUCCGGGUAUGACUAUUAUCAUUUUGACGAUCUGGAAAAGGUGGUGGCUUGUCAUGAAGCAUUGAUGCAGAAGGGUGAGGGUACGUCCUGUUAUUAUCGGUUUCUAACGAAGGGUCAACAGUGGAUCUGGCUGCAGACGCGGUUCUACAUAACGUACCACCAGUGGAACUCGAAACCAGAGUUCGUUGUGUGCACACAUCGGGUCGUUAGCUACGCGGAUGUGAUGAAACAGAUGCGCAAUCAGACGGUAGGUGAUGGUAAGUUCUCAGAGGACGCUGACAGCAUCAGUGUGCACGGUGUCGAGCGCAAGUUCCAGCAAUCCUCGUCCCAGAGCCUACUGGCAACGUCACCGUGGAGUUCGAAGAGUUCACGCACGUCACGAGUCGCACCAACGCCUGGAGUUUCACCCACAGGACUCUCAAAUCGGGGUCGUCACCGGUACAACACGUACCAUGGGCCUGGAUCGGAUUCGGCCACGUCUAUAUCCACGGAAUCUCACACCAGCCGACAGUCGCUCGUGACGCAGCAUUCGCGAUCGCGAAUGCGCACCAGCACAUUUCCGUCGAAGGUUUCAUCACACGGCAGCCAGCAGGAUCGCCACUCAAUGUCACACUUUCUGCUGCAGCAAUCGCAACCAGCUGGCUCUCAUCAGCUGCAACCGGCUCAGCUACAACAGCAUCAGCAGCAGCAGCAACUUUCGCAACAUCCACAGCAGCAGCAGCAGCAAUCGCAACCGCAGCUGCAUCAGCAUCAACAACAGCUUCACCAGCAGUCAGAUCAACUGCUGCAGCAUCCGUCGAUGCAAGGCCAUCAUCAACAGCAACAGCAGCAGCUGCAACAACAGCAGGGGCCACUCGCAGCAAUGGUACAAAACCCAACGGGGGUGGAUGUUUAUUCUCACGCGUUGCAAGGCCCACAUCAUCAUCCGCUUCAGAGUCAGCAACAACAGCAACAGCAGCAACAACUCCCGCCAGCCGUCAUGCAACAGCAACAGUCAGCAGUUCAACAGCAACAGCAACAGCAACAACAGCAACAACAGCAGCAACAAUCGGUGCCACAACCGUCAACAGCAGCAACGAUACGAACGCCGGCAACGAUCAUAACGCCACCGGUAACGCAGAUCAUCACCGCGACCGGUUUCAUCGAACCGCAGCAGUAUUUGACGGCGAUCCCGGUACAACCGGUGGCCGGUUUCACGGAGAUUACUGGGACGGGUGGCGUUGUUUUAACGCCAAGCCAGAACCAGGUGCAAGAUCAGCUACAGCGCAAACAUGAGGAACUGCAACACCUGAUACUGCAACAGCAGGAAGAGCUACGACGUGUGCAAGAGCAGCUACUAAUGGCCCGGUACGGGUUGUUGCCAUCGAUAGUGUCACUUCCGUUUCCUCCCGGUACCGGAAAUGGACCACCAGGGCCGACGGUAGGUCCGGGAGAACGAUGUGCGAGCGGGGCGAAUCCGUUUCUGCAGGCACAUCAUCAACCCGCCCACGGGAACACCUUCCAUCAUCAUCACUUUCAUCCGUCGUCGGUACAGGCGCAACACCCUCCUAGUCACGCGGGUGUGCUCCAUGCACAACAAUCGCAGCAGCAACAGCAGCAGCAUCACGCUCAGCAGCAGCAGCAGCAACAGCAGCAACAGCAGCUUUCUCAAGAUCAACCUCAGCAACAGCAGCAACAGCUGUGUAUAGGACCACCAGACCAAAAACCGAUCCUGCACCCGGACUCGGAGCAACUCAGCUUCACCGACACCGGUCAAGGGAAGCUGACUGAGCCGAGCGAGAUGAUAUCGUACAUGCAGCUUACACCUGUGCCACUGCACCACCUUCAGCAGCAGCAACAGCAGCAGCAGCAACAGCAGCAGCAACACCCAUCGAGUCAAUCAUCCGCAUCAACACCUGCCUCGUCCGUCGUAAGUCAGCAGCAAAAGCAUCAACACCAGCAUCAGCAGCAUCAGCAGCAACAUCAGCAGCAGCAUCAGCAGCAGCAACAACUGCUGCAGAUGGGUGUAGCGCAGGAUGCCAGCGGCACGAGUGGUGGAAACGGUAGCAACACGAUGGGACUGCUGCAGUAUCAGAUGGCGCAGGAGCAGGCACAGAUACUGUUCACGUCCGGUAUGGAACAGCAGCAGGGUCAGCAGCAACAGCAACCAGCGGCGCAACAAGCGCAACAUCAGGGCGCUGGAAGUUCGGAUGCCGGCUCCAGGACGUGUCCUUCGCAGACGAGCGAGAUGUAGGGCGCAAUGUAGAUUUCACAACGAGCUUAGGGAAAAAACAACCUGCAAACAAACGACGGGGAGGUGGUAGAGCUAGGUGAUAACGUUUACGUAACAGAUAGGAUAAGGUUUAGCUAAACAACCCGUGGUAUGUAGCAAAAGGCGAGGUUUCAUCCACCAAAGAAGGAUCUAUACCUAGGAGUGCAAGUGGUUGUGCUUGCACUCUGAAUACAUUAUGGCAGUUCUAGCGUUAGUCCCUUAUUGAGCCAUUGUACUAAUUAGCAGUGUAAGCAAACGGAGACGGAAAGAUGGUGAUAACCGAAGGUUUCUUUUGUAAGGGCGUAAGGAAAACGUUAGCAUCGGGCUAGUAGCCGUUAGACCCGUCUCGGUCGGCCAUUCGCCGGCGUACUGGCGGAGCAUUUUAUCGUGUAUUAUGCACUUCCUAUUUUUAUUCACAGUUGAUGGCGUGACAGUGGGGUAUGUGUGGAAGGGAACGAUUGGUUUCUAGCCCAUCGGGGUGCCUGAUUCUACGGUUAGGUUCCACCUGGACCACGGUUGGGGCACUUUUAAAAUGUCAUAGCAGCAAAGGGUAAUACAAACACCGAAGAGAGAAUGUAGGUAAAGGUGAAGAGCUGAUCACGAAAUAAAUGAC